AUGACUUUUCCCAAACUAAAUCACUUGCUCUUCCUUCUGAGUGAGUGCCAGGAAGAAAAGCUCAUCACCCAGCGCCACCCGCUGGGAAAGAUGCUGUGUGGCCCAGGAAGCAAGGAAGGAAACUGGGAAAGGGAACGGGGAGGAAGGAGGGAAGGACGGUGUGUCCCCUCGAAGCGGGUGCGUGAGAGCAGCGUGCACGCGACGCACGGACACGCAGUCAUGAGUCCCGGACCACAGGUGGGGGCAGACCCCCCCCAGGACUUUGACCAAAGUAAGGACGUGAAGGAUGGAUCCAUCCUGCCCGCCUACUCCACCGUGGACCUGGUCAACCAGGACUCGGGUCAGGAGGAUCCCUGGGACCUGCCGGAGCUGAAAGACACAGGGGUCAAGUGGUCAGACCUGGACACCAAAGGGAAGAUCAUGCGUGUGCUGACGGGUUUAUUGAAACUGGUGACUCUGCUGGGACUUCUUUACUUGUUCAUCUGCUCGCUGGACGUCCUCAGCUCAGCUUUCCAGCUGGUUGGAGGUAAAGCUGCGGGGGACAUCUUCAAGGACAACGUGAUUUUGUCCAACCCUGUGGCCGGCCUGGUGAUCGGAGUCCUGGUCACGGUGUUGGUGCAGAGUUCCAGCACGUCCUCGUCCAUCGUGGUCAGCAUGGUGUCUUCUGGAUUGUUGGAGGUGCAGUCGGCGGUGCCCAUCAUCAUGGGCGCCAACAUCGGGACCUCGGUCACCAACACCAUCGUGGCCAUGAUGCAGGCGGGCGACCGCAACGAGUUCCGCAGAGCCUUCGCCGGCGCCACCGUCCACGACUUCUUCAACUGGCUGUCGGUGCUGGUUCUGCUGCCCCUGGAGGUGGCCACAGGUGUGCUGUACAAGCUCACCUUGGUCAUCAUCGACUCCUUCCACAUCCAGACCGGAGAGGACGCCCCGGACCUGCUCAACAUCAUCACGGACCCCCUCACCGACUCCAUCAUCCAGCUGGAUAAAUCCGUCAUCACCGGCAUCGCCACCGGAGACCCGGCGGCCAGAAACAAAAGCCUGAUCAAAAUAUGGUGCAAGAAAAAGGUCAACACGACUUUCUGGAACGAGACGGUGGAGAGCUGCCCCGUCGGUGCCGUCUGUUGGGAGGCGAACAACCAAACCUGGACGGAGAAGAACACCACCUGGACCGACUACCAGGAGAAAUGCGCACACAUGUUUGUCAACGCCAACCUGCCCGACUUGGCGGUGGGCCUCAUCCUUCUGGGUCUGUCCCUCUUCGUCCUCUGCACCUGCCUCAUCCUCAUCGUCAAGCUGCUCAACUCCAUGCUCAAAGGCCAGGUGGCGCUGGUCAUCAAGAAGUUGCUCAACACAGACUUCCCCUUCCCCUUCGCCUGGGUGACCGGCUACAUCGCCAUCCUGGUGGGAGCCGGCAUGACCUUCAUCGUUCAGAGCAGCUCCGUCUUCACCUCGGCCAUAACGCCUCUUGUUGGUAUCGGCGUCAUCAGCCUCGAGAGGGCCUAUCCUCUAACUCUGGGCUCAAAUAUCGGUACGACCACCACGGCCAUCUUGGCGGCGAUGGCCAGCCCUGGAGAAACCCUCUCCAACUCGCUCCAGAUUGCCCUCUGCCAUUUCUUCUUCAACAUCAUGGGCAUCCUCCUGUGGUAUCCCAUCCCCUUCACACGCUUGCCCAUCAGGCUGGCCAGAGGGUUGGGGAACCGCACCGCAGAGUACCGCUGGUUCGCCGCCGUCUACCUGGUCCUGUGCUUCCUGGUCUUGCCUCUGACCAUCUUCGGCCUGUCGAUGGCCGGCUGGCAGGUCUUGGUGGGCAUCGGGGCCCCCGUCAUUGUGCUCGUCGUCUUCGUGGUGAUCGUAAACAUCAUGCAGUCCCGCUGCCCGCGCUGCCUGCCCCGCUGCCUGCGCGACUGGAGGUUCCUGCCGAGGCCCCUGCGCUCCCUGGCGCCCUGGGACUCCGUGGUGACCUCCCUCAUGGGUUUCUGUGGCCACUACUGCUGCUGCUUCUGCCGGUGUUGCGGGUGCUGCCAGAAGGACAAAAAGCUCGGCGAGGGCAAGAGCCUGGAGAUGUACGAUAACCCGGCGCUGACCGAGGAGGACGACCCGAAGGUCAUCCGAGGAACUCAUCUUUGAUGAUGUUGACCUGGGCUGUAGUCAUGGCACUGGUGUGCUCUGAACUCUGAACACUUUGCACCUGUUGUUUGCCGCGAGGAACAUUCAUGGAACACUCCUCUGUCUUUUUAAGUCUGUUUAUGUUU